GCUUGGAGGCUGGUAUCAGUUGGAAAAUUUGGUCAGCUUUUCCCGUCCAUCUCUUUCUUGUGGUGAAGAUAGUGAACAAGUAAUGAAGAGGUUUCCAUAUCUUCGCAAACUGAAAUGCAUUUUCUUCGAAUCACGGAAGUCUUCCAGUAAUUGCAAUCAAUUUCCAAGAUUAAGUUCUCUAACUCAUUUGGAGUCGCUCAAUAUUUUUUACUAUGGGAGGCCUAUUAAUACCACUGAAUUCAUUCUCCCGUCCAAUCUGAGGAAAUUGACUCUUUCAAACUUUCACCUACCCUGGAAUCGUAUCUCGGCAAUCGGGAAGCUACCAAAGCUGGAAGUUCUCAAGUUACUUUCUGGUGCCUUUGAGGGGCCGAUAUGGGACAUGGGGGAUGAAGAGUUCCAGGAACUUAAAUUCUUGAAGUUAGACAGUUUGAACGUUGCCCAAUGGAAUGCUUCUUGUGAUCACCUUCCCAAACUUGAACGCCUUGUCUUACAAAAUUGCAAAGAACUUGAGAAAAUUCCCCAUGAUUUUGCAGAAAUAUCUAUGCUGGAAAUGAUUGAGGUGCACUGGUGCGGACAAUCUGCAGAAAAUUCGGCAAAAGGGAUUGGGGAUUCAACUGGGGAGAUCAAAGUCCUAAUCAGUAGUUCAUAUGUUAGAUCGUGAACAUAUUAUGGAUUCCAUCAUUGCAAUCUUCCACUCAUUUGCAAGUUUUGUUAUGGAGAACAGAGUUAACGUUGUUAGCUGAGAAAGCUGGUUGCAUUGCUCCAGUAACAACGUGCAGCACCAGAAUGACAAUGGUAAUUCUCGGACGGAUAUAAUCUUUUCAAAAAAAGUGCACUUGCGAAGAUUGAAACUUGAGAGUGUCUCCUACUACAGACUAGUCUGCUCUGUUGAAUCACCAGUGCAACCAAGCGCUUCAUGCGAAUGACCCUGGAGAACUAUUGGGCAUUCCUUGAGAAAGAGGGGACUGAGUUUAGGGAUCUGUUGAAAUGCACUGGAGGUACAAAUAGGGGAGUCAGUUACAAAGUAAUUUGGGACCUACAGAGAUGUGCUACUGGGACAGAUCCAGUUAUUCUUGAUUUAAGAAGCAUGGGAAAAGGUCAGGUUUGGGCAAAUGGCCAUAAAAAAUACGCAGACAUUGCAUUCUUGCUGCUCCAAGAAAUGGUUUCAGAAGAACCCCGUCUCUAUGUGGGAAACCUGCUCAAGGCUUGUGACCUUCAUAUUCACAAAAGCACUCGUGGGCAUGAAAGCGGGGGCAAGAAUGGUUUUUCAGUUUUCAGUGACCAAGAUUCGGCUAACGAAAUUCAAAAUGUAUGAUGCAAAACAACGCCUCGGAUUUUGA